CACCUACUUAAUUGACUCUGAGCUACCCCACUACAACCUCAUAAAGCCACCCAACUCGGAGCCCCCCCCAAAAAAAGGAUCAACGAAAGGGAAGAGCAAGCAAGCAGACAGCCAUGGCAUCCUCCAACCCCGCGGCGGCGACGGCCGAGCCGGAGCUCCUGGACCUGACCAUCGACAACAUCACGCCCAACACGAUCCGCAUCAACUCGCAGAGCGACAACGCCCGGCUCAAGUACGUCAUGUCGCGCCUGGUCUCGCACCUGCACGACUUUGCGCGCGAGACCCGCCUUAGUACCGACGAGUGGAUGGCCGGCCUGAUGUUCCUCAUCGGCUGCGGCAAGAUCUGCAGCGACGUGCGGAAUGAGUUCAUCCUCCUCUCCGACGUCCUGGGUCUCUCACUGCUGGUAGAUAGCAUCAACCACCCGAAGCCGCCGGAGGGCACCGAGGGCUCGGUGCUGGGACCCUUCCACACGCACGACGCGCCGACCAUCGCCAACGGCGCGUCCAUGUCCACGGACCCGAAUGGCGAGCCCAUGCUCGCCAUAUGCACCGUCAAGGACAUCCAGGGCAGGCCCGUGGCGGGUGUCAAGGUCGACAUCUGGGAGACGGACAGCUCCGGCCACUACGACGUGCAGCACGCCGACCGCGAGGGGCCGAGCGAGCGGUGCGUCAUGGUCACGGACGAGGAGGGCGGCUUCCACUUCCAGGGCAUCAAGCCCGUCAGCUACCCGAUCCCGCACGACGGGCCCGUGGGGAAGCUGCUGCAGAUGCUGAACAGGCAUUGCUGGCGGCCAGCCCAUGUGCAUUUCAUCUUCGAGAAGGAGGGUUGGGAUCACUUGAUCACGGCCCUCUAUCUCCGUGGCGACCCGUAUGAGAAGUCGGAUGCCGUGUUCGGCGUGAAGUCGACCCUGGUGAUUGACCUGGACAAGGUUGACGCGGCGACAGCGAAGAAGUAUGGCGUCAAAGAAGGUAUCUGGUUGUUGAAGCAGGAGUUCGUGCUCACGACGCAGGAGGCGACCGAGAAGCUGAGGGACCAACUCGCCAUCGAAGCAUUGAAGAAGCUCGGCCUAGACAACCUGAAGUUGGUGGAUCACCUGCCAGUGCCGGAGGUGGACUAGGGGUUGCGGUCGCGGUCGCGGUAGCGUUGUAA